CAAUGUGAAAUAUAAUAUGCAGUUGUAGACCAAUUCCCAGAUCAAAUAGUUACUCUUCAAUCUUGACGGGCUUCACUAAUUUUAGACAUAUUCAUCCAUAAAUUGCUACAGAUAUACAACUUCCUCCUAUAUAAUACCCUCCGCAUUUGCCUCUCCAAAACUACCUCUUUGCUUUUCCAUUUUUCUUGUAAAGAUAAUUGGUCACCAGCCAUGGAGGUUUUGGCUGUUAUCCUUUCUCUUCUUCUUGUUGCUCUCUCUCUUGUUUUCAUCUCCCGACGCCGCAACAACGCCGGUGCUAAGCUUCCUCCGGGGAGUUUCGGCUGGCCGAUCUUGGGGGAGUCGGUCGAGUUCUUGUUCGGGAAGCCGGAGAAGUUCGUGGGCGACAGGAUGAAGAAGUACUCCCCCGAUAUCUUCAAGACCAAGAUCCUUGGGGAGAAGACUGCCGUCAUUUGUGGUCCGAAUGGACACAAAUUCCUCUUCUCCAAUGAGCACAAGUACUUCACCGCAUUCCGCCCCCACCCUAUGCAACACCUCUUCCGUUCUUACAAAGACAAGGCGGCGCCGCCGCCACCACCUGAAACCCAACGCCUCGACGAGACAAAAACAAUCCGGCAACCCGGGUUCUUAAAGCCCGAAGCCCUCAUGCGGUACUUGGCAAAAAUGGAUAUUGUCACGCAACAACAACUGAAGACUCACUGCGAAGGAAAGAACGUGGUGGAAGCUUACCCUCUAGCCAAAACUAUUACCCUCACUCUUGCCUGCCAGUUUUUCCUGGGGAUCAAUAAUCCGGAGAGGAUAGCCAGGCUUGUAAAAUACUUCGAUGAUGUUACCGUGGGUAUGCACUGCCUCAUGAUUAAUGUUCCUGGGACUAUCUUUUACCGCGCAAAUAAGGCGGCGGCAGCCAUUAGGAAGGAAUUGAUAACUGUAAUCAAGGAGAAGAAACAGGCCAUGGCAUCUGGAGGCCCGAUGCUGGAUAUUUUGUCGCAUAUGAUCGUUGCUACUGACCCGAGUGGCAAAUCCAUGCCCGAAGCCGAGAUUGCUGAUAAAAUCAUGGGUUUGCUAACUGCUGGGUAUAGCACUGUUGCUACCACUAUUACAUUCUUGAUGAAAUAUGUUGGCCUAAAUCCAGAAAUAUAUGAAAAAGUCCGAGCAGAACAAAUGGAGAUUGCGGCAUCGAAGAAGGCAGGGGAAUUGCUAGAAUGGGAAGAUAUGUCUAAAAUGAAGUACUCUUGGAACGUGAUAUGUGAAACAAUGAGACUGGUUCCACCUCUCCAGGGGACUUUCAGAGAAGUUUUGACAGAAUUCAGUUAUGCUGGUUACACAAUUCCAAAGGGCUGGAAGGUGUACUGGACAGUGAGCACCACGAACAUGAACCCCCAGUAUUUCAAGGACCCGGAAAAAUUUAAUCCAUCAAGGUAUGAGGAAAGCGAAGCACCUCCUCCAUACACAUCGGUUCCAUUUGGAGGCGGGCCAAGAAUGUGCCCCGGAAAAGAGUACGCCCGGCUAGCAAUACUGGCUUUUGUUCACAAUGUUGUCAAGGAUUACAAAUGGGAAGUGGUUGACCCGAAUGAAAAGGUUGAAGGUGACAUGAUGCCGGAGCCCCAAAAGGGUCUCCCCGUCCGCCUAUAUCAUCAUUGAAAUGAAACUCUCUUUUUCAGUUUGUAAUAUUUUUUCAGAAAGAUUAGGAGUAGCCAUCCAAACAAGAGAAUAAAAAUCUUCCACGCCUCCUGUCCUGUCAUUAUAAUUUUCUAAUGUAUCUUUAUCCAGGAUAAUGUGUUUGUAAUAUGGUUUUUAAUGCAAUGAUUUAUUGUUAAAUGAUAUGACAGCAUUAGACCGA